CAACGGGCAGUAGUCGAUUUAGUAUUUCAAAUGAAGCUGGUUUUCUCUGUUUGUUUAGUGCUUGGCAUAGCCUUAGCCCACGUCCACGCCGGCAUCUCGACUGAUUGUCCCGACACUGAGGAUGUUGUGUGGGCAGUAGGUCACGGCUGCAAAGUUUUCCGUAAUAAGUGUUACUUUGAUAAGGAGAACGGUCACAGGAAGCCGCCACUGACCAUUACGACCAAGGAGGAGUGCCAGAAGCUCUGCCCCACUAUCUGUCCACAAGUUUAUCAGCCAGUUGGAGGCAUCUAUAAAGGCGAACUAAGAAACUUUUCAAAUGCCUGCGAAAAGAUUGUGCACACCUGUCUAACUGGUGAAACCUUUUUGGACUAAGUCCAUGGAAACUUAAGUUAAAUGGAAUUAAAUAUACAAUUACAUCUCGUACUCAUAUGACUCAACUAUAGGAUUUUGCAGUACCAUUGUAUUAUGAGGAACGUAGCAUUCGAAGAUAUUUUAAGAAUGAAAUUAAUACACUCAAAAUAUACAACUAAAAUAACUCUGCCUUGA